AUUCAGUGGAGGGGGAGCUUUUGAGAAGGGGGGCAGCAGAGAAGGAUUCUAUUUUUAGCCUCUUUGAUCCAGUGGCAUAUGGAUCUGUAGGAUGCUACUAGAAAUCACAACAAGGUUUUUGUUCAUGUUAUCCCCCAACCCCCGUGAAAUUGCAUUCCUUCAUCUCACUGUGCUCUCCUUUGCUGUCCUAGAGAUUGCAAACGGCGGCGGCAGCACGGUGGCGGCUAUGUAUCCCCCAUCCGUCAAGCAGAUUUGUCACCCUUCCUCGAGACUGGCUGGGCAUGGCGUGUUUCUCAAAAGCAUCCCUUCCCUCCCCUGCCCCCCCUGUGAUUGGACCGCACAGCGGGAGGCUGCAGCAGCAUCAGCACCAGAAUGAGCUAAGGAUGCUGUGCUCCCCGCAUUCCUCCAUCCCUGGCACUCUGCUCUCUGGGCCAAACCUGCAGCUCUCCCCCCCUUCCCCUCCCCCUCCUCAGAGCCCUGCUUCUGCCAUGGCCAGGAUGGCUGUAGCGGUGGCCUCAGCCGCUGCACUUCAGCUUAAAUCUGGAUCAGAUCAGGUGGUGAUGCAAGCAGGCAGCCGCGCAAGCUGCGAUGCUCCUGUCCAGACUGGUAGAUGGAUAAUCCUGUACUAGCAGCUGCGGGGCCGCGUGAAAAGGAUCACCAUCCGUGACCCACGUUCCGGUCCCAAGGGGCAGCAGGAAAGUCCAGAUCUUGGCCCGCUGAAGGCAUAAGGAGGAAGGCACCCCCCCACACACAAAAAGCAGAGAGGCAAAUCCCUCUAGCUCUGGAGGACUCUGCCUCGGACCUGACCUGUCUUGGCUCCGUUGCAGGAAAGGUUUCUUGCCCCGACUCCUGUCUGCAGUCUUCACUCUCUCGUCAUUGCAAGGUUGUCUGCUAUGCCCGCCGCAUUUGGCUCUCGACGCACCAAUGCCAUCCAGGACUCGGAAGCCAGGUGAGGAGGAGAAGGAGCCUUUGUAGUUUUCUCUCCAGACUGGCUCAAGCAGUUCAGCCCAGGUGGUGCCAGCAUUCUGAAGCGGGAAAGAUGCCAGUGAAGAACCCUGGCACAUCAGAGGUGCCACAGGCACAAGGUGGAUGAAAAAGUAUUUCUCUCUCUCUGUGAGCCAGCGUGCGGCAGAGGCCGUUUCCCCGAUGAGGAACCAGCAAGUGAGCUGGCACCAUUGGAUCUUCCUCUUUGCUGGCACCCUUCCAAUCUGAUCAGGCUCAGCGUCGGGGAGGAUGUGAAAGAUGGCUGACCACUCUCAAAUCACUUUUGGUCCAUUGACUGCAAAGUUUUCUUCCCAACCGUACCCUCAGCAGGAAGGCAAACCUGCUAGUUCCCAACAGUUAGCCAACCACCUUGCUGCUCCCAGCAAAGAAGAUGACUGGGAAGGUGUAGAUGGAAAUGAACUGAUCUUUGCCUUAGAUGAUGAGGAAGAUGCAACUCCUGACUCACCCGACCACUUUUCUAUGUGUGAAGAUAUUGGGAAACAGGAUGAACAUCAGGAAGAGUCCACAUUCCACAUGCCAUCCCCUCUGCCGUCUCCUCCUGAACUGGAUUUCUUGCCCGCCCUCCCCACUUCCAGUUCACCCAGUUUAUCACCCCAGAGAUCAACCGGCCUUGUAAACCCUCAAGGCCCCAAGCCAUUAAUCAACUUAGUGAAAUCCCUCUCAACUGAAAUUGAGCCCCGGGACGCCUCUUCCCUCAAGCCCCAACCUUUGCUGAGCUUGGUCAAAUCUAUUUCAACUGAGAUUUCCCGCCUGGAGCCAGAGGUGACGCAGUCAAAGUCUGACUCCAAGCUCAAUGUCCAUCGAUGGCGGCAGAUCACCCAUCCCAAGGGCAAAAAUGGGGAUUCUAGGACGGCUCCCUCCUCCCCCAACAUUUCCCCCUCAGAGAGCAAAAGCAGCUUCUUCAAGGCUCAGGAAGCCAAAUUUGAGGACACGAAAAGGCGGUUUUCAGAGGCCAUGCAUGAACCGCUUAGCAGACUCAGCAAAAUCAUGGGGGAUGAGAAUAAUGUUUCACCAAAACACAGAUCCCCACUUUCUGGCAACCACGCCCACGAUUCCCCUUCUAGCCACAGCAAGGAGACCAUUUUGGAAGACGAGAAGAGCCCCACCCAGGAGACCAAUCUGCAUGGGGCUGUUCCAGGACAGCCAUCUGGGAGGAGCCAAGUGGAGGACUAUUGCCCCAGUGAACAGAAAUGGGGUCCCUCCUUAAACUGCCAGUACGAAAUCUGCUCCUACGGAGAUGUCAUCCAAGUGGUGGAGGUUGCUGCGGACAAAAGCAGUGGCACGGAGGAAGUGCGGAUGCUUCCACCUCUGGACAUCCUCCGCCCCACCAAGCCUUGUAGCAGAGUGCCAUGCAAAGCGCUUCUCUGCGUCGCCAUCUUGGCCUACCACUACUUUGUGCUGCCGCUGCCUCCUUACAUCUCAGGCCUCUGCCUUGGCUUGGCAUGUGGGUUCAUGCUGGGCUUCCUCAUUAUUCUUCUGAUGAUGCCAAAGCGUUCCUUGUCUCCACGGAAAAGGCAGACAUCUCUAGACCAGCUGCCAUCAGAGACGCUGAAUCAGCAGCCCCAGGAACCCAACAUUCUUAAGGGGUGGAUGAAUGAAAUGUAUUUAUACGAUCCAGAGAUCUACCACCCAUCGCUUACCCACUCUGUGUUCGUGACCUUGGAAGACACCAGCAUGACGCUCUCCUACCCCAAGAACAACAUCCCCCGGCGAGCCACCUUUGAGGAAGAGGACUUCAAGGUGACUUUGGUUAGUCACCGCCAUUAUGAAAUGAUUGGCGCAAAGGUCUUCCUCUUCCCACCUGGGCUGGCUCGCAAGAGGAUGUGGAACAAGAAAUACCCCAUCUGCAUUCUCCUCCCAGAGCAAGACGACUCGAGUAGCAAAGGCUCCGGUGAGCAUGACUUGGAGCACUCAAGAGAGAAGGCUAUGAAGAGAAGGCUGUCUCCAGUCCAAGAGACCCCUCCAACACAUCCAGCUGAGCCCCAGGAAAAGACUCUUUACCUCUUUGGCAGGACAGGGAGAGACAAGGAGGAAUGGUUCCAGCAUCUUGCAAGGGCCUCCCGGGCAGAAAGCUGUGAGCAGCGUAAUGCCGUCACAGGUUUAAACCAGCUCAGCCCAUCAGGAAAGGGGACAUGCAGCAGUGGCAGCAGCAGAGGCAGCACUGAUGACCUCCUUUCUCUCGUCAAGCCCAAGGACCUGGUUGUUAAUGUCCGGGAGAAGCUCCUUUUGGAUUACAACAUGUACAUGUCCCGAAUAGUCCCAACAGGGACAUGUUCCAGCCCACCCGAGAGCCCCUCCCACAGUACAGCAGGCAGCCCAACACCCAAAAAGUUCUUUGGGGAUACGAAUGUCACGAGUGACACAAACACGGCUUGGGCCAAUGCGGUGCUUGGGAGAAUGUUUUGGGACUUCCUACGGGAAAAAUUUUGGGCAGACCUAGUUUCAAACAAGAUUCAGAAGAAACUAGGCAGAAUCAAGCUGCCGUACUUCAUGAACGAGCUCACGCUCACUGAACUGGACAUGGGGACUUCCAUCCCACAAAUCCUCAGCACGUCAAGCCCAACCAUCGAUCACCGAGGGCUUUGGGUGGACAUGGAAGUGACCUACAGCGGAUCCCUGCAGAUGACCCUGGAAACGAAGAUGAACUUGUACAAACUAGGCAAAGAAGCCCUGGGAGAGGAGAGUGGAAAGGCAGAGGACGGCAGGGAAGGUGUGAAGCCCCGCUUAGUCCUUCUGGCUGACAGCGAUGCAGAGUCCUCCAGCGCUGGGUCCUCUGACGAGGAAGACCUCCCCAACAUGGAGCCCUCAGGGGUCCCAGGAGAAAGGGGUACCCCUACUGGGGCUGAAGGCCACGUCAGCGGAAACAGCACCAGCCGGAAGAUCCUACGCUUUGUGGACAAGAUUGCCAAGUCCAAGUACUUCCAGAAGGCCACCGAGAACGAGUUUAUUAAGAAGAAGAUAGAGGAGGUCUCCAACACCCCCUUGCUCUUGACGGUGGAGGUCCAAGAACUGACAGGCAUGCUGGCUGUGAACAUCCCACCGCCCCCAACUGACCGAAUCUGGUACAGCUUCCGGACUCCACCACAGCUGGAUCUGAAGGUCCGCCCCAAGCUGGGGGAACGAGAGGUCACCUUCAUCCAUGUCACAGAAUGGAUCGAGAAGAAGCUUCAGCAUGAAUUCCAGAAAAUUUUAGUGAUGCCAAAUAUGGACGAUCUCAUCUUACCCCUCAUGCAUUCUGGUUUGGAAUCCCAGCUGCCCACAGAAGGACUCCAGAAGGAAUUCCCAGGAGAGGGCGCAGCAAAAUUUUGAGGAACUGCCCACUGGUGGGUUGGCUGGCUCAAGAUGCUUGAUGGGGUCCUCCAGGAUUAUCAGGGCCUGCGAACCCAGCAUCACCCUUCAGCCACACUGCUGGUCUCAUCUCUGCUGGCUCAUCUCUUCAGCUUGUCGUUCAGGGGCUUCUCUCCAGUAAAAGAGCCCCCCCCCCACCCAUCCUCUGGAUAUUUCACAGGAUACAUUUCUCAGUUUAGAGGAGAUACUCCAAGAUUCUCCCUUACAAGCACCAGAUUCCUACCAGUGCAAGGAAGAAUUUCUGUAGUGCUGUCAUUAGCUUUGCAAAGAGGGGGGGAAAGUAGGGGAGAUUCCAAGCCCACUUCCACCUAGGUCCCGUCUUUGCAAAUAACAGCCAUGUUAAGCAUCUUUUAAAUGUCAGAACAGUCAUUAAAACUGAAGAGGCCAAAGAAAAGAGGGGAUGACAAGGAAAGAAAGGGCUCUUUCUGCAAGCAGUCUGAAGUCCUCCUAUUUCCACCCAGGUUUGCAAUGGUGGGGAGAGAAAUCCCAAAAUCUGAACAUCGAGCCUCUGAGUGAAUCAUCUCUCUGACCUCCUUGCUACUCACAGGCCAGAGGAAAGGAAACCGAGAGAGUUAACAGUAGAAGCAUUCGUAUUUCCCCCAGGGAAGGCAUGCAAGGAACUUGUGAAAAACAUCACACAACUCUUUACUCUGUGAAAAUUCUCCCUUCUCCUGAUGAGGGGAGGGGAGGUUUAAGGGAAUUCAAGCCUCCAAAUUGAUGAGGAAAGUGUGGAAUGCAGGUUGAGACCAAGCGAGAAUGUAUCACCACUUUAACAGCCAAGGCUCCCCCCAAAAAGAAGGAACCCUGGGAACUUUAGUUUGUUAAAGCUGUUGAGAAUUGAAGCUCCUUGCAGGGAAUAGGGGGUCUCCUAAGGCACUCAGUGAAUGGGGUGGAAUAACAUACUGACGACACAAUUUACAUAAUUCAUUACGUGGCUUUUUAAAAUUAAAAUCACAAAUUAUGAGGAGGGUUUUUUGGCAGGAAAGGAUCAACCUCCCCUCACCCUGGCUAUGCCCCAGUUGUGAUCCAGAACAGCACCAUCCCCUUCCACGGCUGGUGGCUGAUUGGCGAAGAGAGGGGGCUGGUGCUGCUGACCACAGGGAUUUGAAAACACACUCACAAUUACAUCUAGACUAAUCCUUAGGAUUCCUGAGCAUGUGGACUCUGCAGCUGGGACACUCCAGGGCUGGAGGCUGUGGUCAAUUUCAUGACAGUCUUUGGUGGGGAUAGGGAGGAGGUUUUCAAAGCUCCACAACCUCCUUCUUGGAGGUGUGCUAUUUACUGCUGUGAGAUUAGAGACUAUCGAAAGAGGCAACCUAGGAACCAUGAGUGGAGGAACAAGGCAAGCGUGGCUUCUGGAGGCUUAGCCCUGUUAUCUGAGUGCUAAAGAUAUGGACUGCCUGUGUUAGAAAGAGAAGCAUAUUGUGUUAAUUCCUGAAACCUUUCCAUGCUGUGCCACAAGUGAGGCAGAAAGGAGAGGUGCCUCUACUUUCUCAAUAGUUAUAUAUACCCUCUGCCUGCCUAGAGCACCCCAGCCCACCUUUGCAACCCUGCCUCUAAACCAGCCUUCCUAGUACCCUCCCACAAUGUUGGACUACAGCUCCCAUCAACCCCAGCUAGCAUUGCCACUGUGGACUUCAAUCUCCAUCAGCCCUAGCCAGCAUUAGUGGGAGCUGAUCGGAGUUGCAGUCCGAAACAGCCUAAGGGAACCAGGUUGGGGGAAGAUGCUCUAAAUCCAUGUCAUGUCCCAGGAGAUUUCACAUCAGGGACAUUCAGCAAUGCAAAGGAAGCCGAGCCGGUCGUGACAGCUCACCCGGCAGCAUGAAGUGGGUUUUAGAGGUACUGUUUCCGUUUCCCAUGCAAUAAAACAUUUUAACAGAGCAAUAGCUUUGGAAAUUCACGACAAUGAAAUGGUCGCAACUAAUCAAAGGGCUUUACAAACCACGGAUGACGUGUGAGCCAGAGGCAACUAGGAAUGAUGGGGAAGGUGAAGGGAAAUAAAGGUUUGCAACGAUCUC